AUGUCUGGGCCCCGAAUAUCGCCCUAUGCCAACGAAGACUACACCGUGGGCUGGAUAUGUGCUCUCCCUAUUGAAUUAGCUGCAGCAAGGGGCAUGCUUGAUGGGGAAGACCAUGGAGAGCCCCAGACUUCACCAGCAGCGGCAGAUCAAAAUCGCUAUACGCUGGGGACAGUUGGACAUUUCCGAGUGGUCAUUGCUUGCUUGCCGAAGAAUCAGCUUGGCUCUUCUUCCGCGACCGCUUCGGUAAAGGACAUGCUAUUCACCUUCCCCAAUAUUCGCAUUGGUCUCUGCGUGGAUAUCGGUGCUGGCAUUCCUGACUACAACAGCCAGGAUGAACAGGACAUUCGCCUCGGGGAUGUUGUGAUCAGUAGUGACUCCAAAACCGGGGGUGUGGUGGCCUAUGCAUUCGGUAAGAAACUGGCCGAUGGAUCGUUCGAGACUCGGUCUGCUUUGACUCCACCUCCUCGAUCAUUGAGUACGGCUCUUGGGGCAAUGCAAGCACAGCAUAUGAUGGCAGAGAACAAGAUAGCGUUUUACGUUGACCAAAUGCUUGAGAAGCAUCCAUUCAUGCGCAAAAAGGGAUAUUCCCGUCCGGACCAAUCCUUGGAUCGGCUGUUCAAGUCAGAGUACAUUCAUGCUGCGGGGAAGAAUUGCUCGAAAUGCGACGAUUCGGAGACUGUAGAGCGGGAGGACCGUUUCGAUGAUGGUCCAGUCAUUCAUUAUGGGACAAUCGCAUCGGGGGACAUCGUCGUCAAGAAUUCCGCGUUACGCGAUGAAAUUCGAGAUAAGCACGGGGCUAUCUGCCUCGGAAUGGAGGCUGCAGGAUUCAUGAACAAUUUCCCGUGCGUGGUAAUCAGAGGAAUCUCUGAUUACGCCGACGCGCAUAAGAAUGACCGCUGGCAGCCCUAUGCGGCUGCGGUGGCAGCUGCGUGCGCGAAGGAGUAUCUGGAACAUGUGCAAGUGAAGGAUGUAAGCGGAGAGCCGACGGCGAAGUCUAUAUUUGAGAAAGUGCAAGACGGUUAUUAA